GCCUCCUAAACUUCUCCCUCUCUCCAUGUUUAGGCUGUUUAGCAUUCUACCAGAGAAGCAUGGCCAAUGCUGGCACGGUCCCCGCCCUCCCCAUCGUUAAAUACCUCCCUCCUCCGCUUCCGCCUCUCUUGGAGCCCUUGAGCGUUCAUCCUCCUCUUGGUUCCGCACCAGACGCGAAGCAUUUCCCCGGUUAUUGUCUCUUCAUGGCGCAGGGGGGCCAUGUGCCACGCUUCGGUGAUUGGAACCAAAAUGCUGCCUACACAACAAACUUUGAUACGGCACGCAAGGAGAAAGCUUCUGGUACUACCAUUCUCAGUCCAUAUGAUCCAGAGCGAAUGAUAGAGCUCCACAAACCUGGAGACCUGGCUGUAGAGCCUCAAUAUCCAAAAGAAGGCCGGCACAGGGACAAACAUAGGGAGUUUGGCGGGCGGAAUCAUGAGCUAAAAGCAAAUGAUGACAGGGAGGAAAAGAAAUGCAAAGGUAGAAAACAACGAGACCAUAGGAGUGUAGGCGAAGCUGGAUACUCACCUUCUCAGUCCCCCGUCGUGCAGAGAAGAAAAGUAACUGCUCAACAAGGAGGAACUGGUCGCCAAAGAGCCACCGCAUUACCAAAAUUCGGAGAAUGGGAUGCAGCAGAUCCUAAUUUGGCCGCUGGAUACACUGUCAUCUUCAACAAAGUUAAAGAAGACAAGAAGGCGGCAGCUGCAAGUACCAUUCCGGCAUUUACUCCUCAACCUGUGUUUCCGCCGAGCCACAGGUCUUACCACCAGAAAGAUCAUUCCUUUUGGAGUUGGAUGUUUCCAUGCCUACAUUCAAGCCUUGGAAACAGAUCAAAUGAAUUACCAAAUAAGGCAGUCUCUCAUCCAAUGUGAAUGUUCCCGCAGAAAGAUUUCUUGCUACGAAUGGAACUCCCAGAAGGACGAAAACAGUAGAAAGAUUUCUUGCUAUGUAUGUAUUACAAUCCAUUCAACCAAGCUACUGGUUGAUGCAUUUGUUCGAUAUGUUCAAUAUGUUACUAUAUUUGGGGGUCGAAUGCUUUGAGAGGCUCAAAACAGAUGAAAGAUCUUACCAAAAUUUCAAUGUAAUCUUUGUAUUUGGGUUGUACUUUGUUCAUUUAGUAAAAGUUAUUGCUGGUGCC